CGAAACUCUCUUCUUCCCAAGCGCCUUGUAUAUAUUGGAGCAUGUAUUUUGACAAGUAAUAUCUUCAGGCUGUUAUCUUACUGCCUUUAACGAUUGGACGUUUAAAAUGCUAGAAACAUUCACUGAUACUUCUACUAAAUCUCCUGAAAAAUCAACAACUAGAAAUCAAGAAAAUGUUUUUAAAACACAACGUGAUAGCCUAACUGACAUGAGCAGGAAAAGUCCCGACUUUUGUAGACUAAUACCAGAAAAAGUUUUAAAAGAUAAACCUGAAGCUUUUUCUGAAAGCGUUUCGGGUAGUUCUUCAACUUGUGUUUCUACUGCAUCGCCAUCGAAUACUAGCGAUGAAGAAGAUGGUGAAUUAAUGGAACACUCCCACCUCAAUGAAAGUAAUGGUACCAUAACCAUGAGGGAAUCCAUCAACAUAGAGGAUAUUCGAGUUUUCGGAAUUUGUGAAGAAAGAAUGGAUAAAUUUGAAGCUAUGGUGAACGAAGCCGUUAAACAGGAUUAUGAAAUUUAUUUCAGCCAUUAAGAUCACUAAACUGACGGUGUUACAAAAAUUUCCAAAUGGCUAAAUGCAUUCAGAAGACUCGAGUCUAAACGGAAA